CGCUCAGAGAGAGCGGCCGGAGGGCGGGAGCAGGAGGUUGAGGGCUCGAGCGCGACGCGGGCGGUGGCUGCUGGGGCACGUUGUUGGCGGCUAUCGGGGCUUCCUCUUCCCUGCUCUUUUGUGUCUCCUUUCCCCCAGUGUCCUCCCAGUCGACUGAAGGGGCGCAAUGUCCGCGGAGAUCCCCGAGGCGGCCUCGGCCGAGGAGCAGAAGGAAAUGGAAGAUAAAGUAACUAGUCCAGAGAAGGCAGAAGAAGCAAAAUUAAAAGCAAGGUAUCCUCAUCUGGGACAAAAGCCUGGGGGUUCAGAUUUCUUGAGGAAGCGACUGCAGAAAGGACAAAAGUAUUUUGACUCUGGGGAUUACAACAUGGCUAAAGCAAAGAUGAAGAACAAGCAGCUUCCUACUGCAGCAGCUCCUGACAAAACAGAGGUCACCGGUGACCACAUUCCUACUCCGCAGGAUCUUCCACAGCGGAAACCGUCCCUUGUUGCUAGCAAACUGGCUGGCUGAUUAAAAGAGCUGAACUGCAUGAAUCUCCUCAUUCCUGUUAUUUCUCUCAAACAUGUUACUUCUUGGCUUUUUUUUUCCUUCCAUACACUAAGUCAUUGAAACUGACAGCUUUGCAGGUAGCGGUAGUGUGUGCUGCUAUUGUUAAGGGAGUAAACUUUUAAGAAUAAACUGUAGUACUUUGGACUAGUUGAACAAUGCACUGAUGAAAAGGACACAUGUUAGAGCAAUGUAAAGUAAUCUACUUGAAAAUAAAUGUAUAUAUUGCCUAUUCCUUAGUGUAGGACUGGUUCCAGCAAGUAACGAGCAAGUUUUACAGUUUCACUGUUUUGGCUUUCCUUAUUCCUCUUAAUUACAGCUUUAUAUGUUUGUGUUAUUUAAUAUAAUCUAUUGUGUUGCUUUUUUCUGUUUGGUUUUGUAAAACAGGGGUUUAAGACCACAGAUUGUUAGAUCAUGUAUUUAAAAUGAAACACACACACACACACACACACACACACACACACACACACACACACACAAGGUGGGAUUCUGAAUGAUUUCUAUCUUUGCUCUUAAACUUGAAUGGCCUUAAACCUGUUUCAGCUUUAACAAUAGAAUUUUACUUGGGCAAUAUUUGCCCAUCCUGAUGUAACCUUUUGUGAAUUUAGUGCUUAUUAACAGCUGCCCAUUGAAGCUGGGUUUUGUUUGUUUUGGGGUUGUUUUUUUUUCCAGAUUCUUAGUGUUAGAAUACCUUUUCUUUUGAAGAUGUGAAUGAAGUGUGCAUGUGCAUAGACUGUUAAAUUCACUUUUGUGCCAUUUUUGUAAAUAUAAUAGUUUUGCACAACCUCUCGCAAAUGUCUGUAUUAAUUUCACACUUUUAAACAACAGAUCAUGUGCCAACCAGAAGCACAAGAGUUCCCACCUCAAACUCUACAGUUAGAACUUUGUAUGGGUAAGAGUAGUUUAAAGUCUUGGAUUUAGAAAAUACCAAACUGGAUACUUUACUCAUUUAGGUAUAGACUUAUAUGUUUUCAUCUGUUACUAAUGCCCAUGACAUUCAGUGGCCUUGUGUGCAUAUGCGAUAUGUUGCUUAGGCAUAUCUUUUGUCCUAUGCAGAGCAUUUCAUUGUGACUUAUGAAAUUACAAGUCAUGUAACUUUGUAAGAUUUUUUAAAGUGGAGAAUAUUUUUACUUUCACACUCAACUUUCUGAAAGCUCUAGAAUAAAAAGCCUUCAGGGCUUUAACCCCAUUUCCUGCUAUUAAUUUGACAUAGUUUAAGAGCAGGAGUUGAGGCCAUUUUGUACAUUUGGAAGUAGAAGCAUAUACUUAAUUUAUAAUUGUUUUGCUGAAUUCUAUACUUAAGACACACUAGGAUGAUAUUUUCUUAUUGUUUAGUGGCUAUUAAAUUCUGAUCCUGUGUAACUAAUAUUUGACAAUUCUAAAUGUACAAAUAAAAGGGAAUUUUGAACAAGUAAAUACUUGAAGACUGACAUCCCAAAGAUAUAAGUCAAUAUGUAUGGACCUGUAACAUUUUGGUAAAUAUUUUUAGUAUUAAAUUAGAGGAAACUAAAUGAGUUAACCCUUGCUCCAAUUAAAACAUCUCAUUUAAAGAGGGAUGAAUGUAUCCCAGUUAAAUAUUUAAGCCUUAGUUAUUCUGCUUUUAUAAAUACCAUCCUCUUUUUUUUUUUUUUUAGAUUUGAAGUGAUAUCCAGAUAUCCAUUUAAUUUUUUUCCCCUGUAGCACUGUUUCCUUAUCUCAUUCAUGAACAAGAACAAGUUGAGGCAGGCAGUCUUACCAAGAAGUUAAAAAUCUUUGUCGUGACUAAUUUGCCAUUUGUAGUUUUGUACACUUUCCCCAGUUUUAUGCAAUUAUACAUUAUGACAAUAUUAGCCCGAAAUAUGCCACUAGUGAUGUUUUCCUGUCUAUAAAUUCCUUUUUGGUGUGUGUAUGGGAAAUGGAGAAAGAAGGGUCAGAGGGGGAAAGGGAUCCAGGCUAAUUUUAGGCCCUGAACACAUGGUAAUUUCCAUUAUUGGAUUCCUGCACACAAAAAUAUUAGGUAGCCAUAAGUAGAUUUAAUCAUCUCUAUUGGCAUUAACAGAAACUUUUAGCAAGUUACCAUUUUAAGAAAAGUUUUACAGUUACCUUUCUCCCCUCCAAAAAAAACAGAAAAACAAAAUGAAGAAAAUGAUAUUAAGUUAAAAAAGAUAUAUUUGAAAAAGGAUAACAGAUUUGAAGUAAAGUCCUCACCUAUAAAUUAGUUGUAAGAGUCACUUCAACAUUACAAAAACAACCCAAAAUGGAAUUUUAUGGUUUUUUGUCAAUUCUUGUUUCAUAUGUUCAUGAAAGACUUAAGUGCUACAGCAAUGAAAUCCCCAUUCAUCUGAGAGGAGUGAUCUAAUAAACACUGCACUGAAAGAUUAAGAGCACAGUGCUAAUCCUGACCAUGAAAGAGAAGAAUGUUGCUGUUAGCCUAUGGCAGAUGACUCAAGUGCUGCCUAAGUUUCAUUUUUUUAACACAGGAUGCUAAUACUUAAUCUACCUCAAAACAUGUUGAGGAUCUGUGAAAGGCUGUUUUAAGUGCCCAAUUUAAAAUAAUUGUGGUUGUCUUUAAUAAAGAUAAAAUUUUCCUCAUAAAGCCAACCUGCCUUCUACAGAGUCAUAGUGCUUCAGAUCUCAGGAUUUUCCAUAAGGAAAGACCUGUUAAUGAUUUAAUGUUCAUUGUGUAUCUCCAUUAGUGGUGCUCUCAGAGCUGGUUGCUGUCCCCCUGCUCUAGUCAGUCCUUUCUUACCCAAACCUCCCUGUUCAUUUAUAAAAAGCAAGGUUUUACUAAAUAGUGUGUUAGGCCAUUUUAAAUUUUACAGUUUUGAGUUUAUGGAUUCAAAAAUGUUUGCAUUUUAGAAAAUGUGGAUAACAGAAAAACUGGCAGAAUAUUGAAGAAAAUUGUCCAAUAACUAAAUUUGGUGAGCCAGUUAUGGAAAAAAAAAUUAGUAUUUAGUUGAAAACAUAACUAGCCAUUAAAAAAAAUUAUAGAUUCAGGCAAGUGUUGCCCAGAAUGCUUAGUAGUUUUGAGGUAAAUAAGCAUAGUAUAACUUAUUAGAACUGAAUUCUUGUUGUAGAAUAAGGGUCUGGGCUGAAAUUUACCUUAAUACUCUGAAUGUCCUAAGCCAGUUAGUAUAAAAUGGCAUUGUAAAAAGCAUGUUCACUUCAUUCUAUGGUGCUGUUGAUUUUUAAAUGAGUUACUUUUUUAUUAAAGCAGACUCAGAAGGGCUUCUACUUGGACCUCCUUUUUUUUAACAAUUAGAGUUGCUAUAUGUGCUUAAAGUAAUAAAACUACUGAGUAUUAUAUGAUGACUUUAAAUUAAAAAUUAAUAUUAUUUGAUUUUGUUUAAAUUAUAGGUUUUUCUGUAGCUAACUUAGGUAUUGUCUAAUCUAAGGGUAAGUAGCCUGUAGUAAGAGCACUGCUGAAUUUAGCAUUCUUAUAUUCUGCAACAUAUGCAUAUAUUUUUAUCUUCUCCCUCUUCAAUUUUUUUCCCUUUUGUCCCUCUCUUUUUCUUUGUUUUGUAAACCUUAAGUCUCAGAAUGGCACCAUUCACCUUGCUUAGCUCUUAAUGUUUCUCAGGAUUUGGUGAGAUCAGAUAUCUCCAUCUCCCCCAACGUUUGCUAAAAGUAUACAUUAAUUAUCUUUAAUAUUUGGAAAGUCACUAAUUUGAACCACUGACCAUUUUACACCUCAGCAUGUACUGCCAACCAAAUUCCACUUGUCAUUAAGACCUUUGUGUUUGUAUUAGAAGGUUUCUUUUCCUACCUUUGUAAAUAGGAUCAAAUUGAAAAUUUCUACUGAAACCUCACUCUAGAUUAGAUAACCCUAAGGAUGUGUAAACACCUCAUAUGUUUCUUUCAUAAAUUUUGACAUCCUAAAUAGGUAUUAAGCCUCUGGAUCUUUUUUCCCCUGGAAAUUCUUUUUAUUUUGUAGCUUUCUGGUUAAGUCAUGAUUAAUCAUUAAUGUAAUAUGUUUAUAUAAUGUCAUUUAUCACCUAGCUAGAAGUUUGAAGUAAAAAGUUAAUUCCUUCAGUGCUUUGCCCUCAAAUUUUGUUUUGCAUCUUUGAUGAUGCAGUAGAACACCUAGCAUGUAUAAAAGAACCAGACUAAUACCUCUUCUGUUUCACAUGAGUUGGGAACUAAUGAUGAAACUUGUCAAUUGCCAAUCCCUUCUAAAAUUAUACUUGUAAGAGAUAUAGGAAAAUAAACUGUUCUACCCAAUUUUUAUUGUUGGAA